CAGAGCUCGUCUCGAGAUGAGUAUUGAAUUGUUUGUGGUGUCACAAUUGCUGCGUAUGGUCAUCUCAGAGACAGUUUAGGCCACGGGCAUUUCCAUAAGAACUACUGACUACAGUCAGAGAUUCCAUAAUGUCAUCAUUCAGUGUCCUUGCUUCAUUGCCGGAGGAUCAUUUCCAGUGUUCGAUCUGUCUGAACGUCUACAGCGACCCGGUUACAACACCUUGUGGUCACAACUUCUGCAAGACCUGCCUCAACGAGCAUUGGGACAAAAGUUGUUUAUGCCACUGCCCAGUGUGUAAUAAAAGAUUCCAUGUGAGGCCUGAGAUAUCCACAAAUGUGGUCAUUGAGGAGAUUUCAGUCCAAAUAAAGAAGAGGAAAGCUGAGACACCUGAAAGUGCGGAUGCACCGUGGCAGGUGACGUGCGACGUAUGCACAGGAAUAAAAUUCAAGGCCCUGAAGUCCUGCCUAGUGUGUCUGACUUCGUACUGUGAGGCUCACCUGGAGCCUCACCAGAGAGUUCCCUCCCUGAUGAGACACAGGCUGACUGACCCGGUGGAGAACCUGGAGGAGAGGAUCUGUGAGAAGCACCAGCGGCUCCUGGAGUUUUUCUGCAGGAAUGAACAGGUGUGCAUCUGUCUGCUGUGCAGUGAGACAGACCACAGAGACCACGAAACUGUGCCUGUUGAAGAGGAAGGGGCUCGACAAAAAGAAAAUAUUGAGUCCAAGGAAGCAAGGAUCAAAGUGAUGAUUGAAGACAGAAUGGAAAAGAUAAAGGAAUUUACAUACUCUUCUGAAAUGAGCAGAGAAAAGGCAAAUAAAGAGAUUGAUGACUGUAAUACGCUCUUCAAUGCUCUAAUGAUGCGUGUACAAGAGGCACACACUAAACUAAAAAGGAAUAUUGAGGAGAAGCUCAGAAAAUCACAAGACAGAGACAAAGCCAUGAUCGAAGAGCUGCAGGAGGAAAUUUUCCAACUGCAGAGGACGUGCUCUGAGCUGGAGGAGCUUUCACAAAGUGACAACCACCUUCACCUCCUGCAGACUUUGCAGGCCCUGAGCACCAUAUCAGUCACGAAGAACUGGUCUGAGAUCAGGGUUUAUUCAGACCUCUGCGUGCAGACAGUGAGGAGAGCCAUGACUCAUCUUGUACACACUUUUCAAGCAGACCUGAAAACUCUGACAGAAACCGAACUGACCAAGAUGAGACAAUAUAAAGAGACGGUCACCUUUGACCCAGCCACCGCUGGUUGCUUCCUUGUGGUGUGUGAAUUUGGAAAAUGUUUGAAGUACUCCAUAAUUGCAAGCCCAUCAUCAUCUGAUGACUCCAAGAGGUUUGACUAUCCCAUGAUCUUAGGGACAAAGGGCUUCUCCUCUGGGCGCCACUACUGGGAAGUCCAAGUGGGCCUGAGAGGUGACUGGGACGUUGGUGUUGCCAAGGAAACAGUAAACAGGGCGGGGAAGAUCACUCUGAAAAAAGAAAAUGGCUUCUUCGCCAUAGGAAAGAGAGGUUUUGAUUACCGAAUUCAUUGUACAAAAUACACGGUCCUUCACCUGUGUCCCAGGCCAAGAAAGAUAGGAGUGUAUUUGGACUAUAAUGAAGGCAGAGUGUCUUUCUAUGAUGUGGAUAGGAAGUUGAACAUUUACUCUUUCACAGGAGAGUGUUUCGCAAAGAAACUGUUCCCCUACUUCUAUCUGUGCAGCAAGGGAAAGAAAUCCGAGACUUUGGUUAUUACCUCUGUAUAUACUGUAUUCAACAACCAAUGGAAUACACCAUCAUCUGUGCAUGCUGAUACCACACCAAAACAGACCAGAGGUGCAUGCGCCCACAUGCAAAAGCAGACAAUAAGUAUUGACCUAAUGUCCGAGCCUCCUAAGUGCUGCAUCUGUCUGGAUGAGUUCACAAGCCCUGCUUCCCUCCCCUGUGGACACCGCUUCUGCCUGGCCUGUAUAGGCGAAUACUGGAGGAUCAAUGGGGCCUGGCAGUGCCCCCUCUGCAAGGCCAUUUUCCCCACCAGGCCACAGCUCAAAACAGACCAAACACUACAUGCUGGUGCCUCAACUGAGGAAGCAACUGUGCCUUUAAAAGCUGGAGAGGUUCCCUGUGAUUUCUGCCCAGCAAAGCAUAGAGCAGUCAAAUCCUGCCUGGAGUGCAUGGCCUCAUAUUGUGUCGCUCAUCUCGAGCCACAUUACCAGAAUGAAGAUCUUGGGCGCCAUCUUCUGAUCAGUGUGGUGAAGAACCUGGAUGACUCUUCGGAACACAGGGGCCAUCACAUUAUUUCUAUCAACAAGGAAGCUGCAAAGAAGAAGGUCAAACUAAAAAGGAGAAAGAUGAAACUUCAGCAAGCCAUUCAAGAGAGACUGAGUAAAGUUGAGAAAAUCAAGAUCUCUGCAGACCUCAAUGGAGAAAAUCCAAAGGAGGCUUGGGCACAAAAUAAAGAGCUCACCCGACAACUGGAAGAAGAAAUCUCCGAGUUGCAGAGAAGAAACUCUGAGUUGGAGCAGUUCUCGCAGACUGAAGACAACCUCCACUUCCUACAGAAUCAUUCUUCAACUGAAAGGCUGAAGGGCCACAAGUUGGUGGAACCUGUAAAGAACUUGGAUGAGAGGGCCUGUCUGCAGCAUGGACGCCCCUUGGAGCUGUACAGCAGGAAGAAGGAGAAAUGCAUUUGUGUACGCUGUAUUGAUGGUGGAGAGGAGGUUGUUUCUACUGAAGAUGAAUGGAACAAGAAGAAGUUACAACAGAAAAUCCAGAAGAGAAAAACACGAAUGGAUGAGAUUAAUACAUCUCUUAAGAAGUGCAAGGACCAGAUGGAUGAUGAGUGGUGGGAUAUUGAGGGUGUGUUCACAGCUGUGAUUGCCAUUGUGGAGAGAGCCCAGGCAGCAGCCCUACAGCCACUAAAGGACAGGAGACAGGUUGUGGAGAAAGAUGCAAAAGACCUCAUAGAAGAGUUGGAAGCAGAGAUCAACAGGCUUGAGAAGACCAUCUCUGAGUUGGAUGAUAUAUCUGCACUUGAGGAUCACAUCCAUUUCUUGCAAAGUUACCCAUCUCUUCAAGACCUGGACAACAUCAAAGACUGGACAGAGGUAGAGUUUGACACGUCACUGUCUUUUGGCACCAUGAGAAAAACCACAGCAGCCCUGUUGGAACAAAUUCAACAGGAACUGGAGAAGCUGACCUCCAUCGAACUUCAGAGAGUUCCAAAGUUUACAGUGGAUGUAAAGCUGGAUCCAACCACCGGCCACCAACGCCUUGUUCUUUCUGAUGACGGGAAGGAAGUGAAAGAUGGAGGCGAGGACAAGGAAGUAGACGAUACUUCUGAGAGGUUUGAUCUGUUUGCCAGCAUCCUGGGGCUCAACAGGUUGACCUCUGGGAGGUCAUACUGGGAGGUGGAGGUCAGCAAGAAGACAGGGUGGGACCUGGGUGUGGCAAGAUGUGACGCAAACCGCAAAGGAAAACUCUCGCUGAACCCAGAUAAUGGUUACUGGGUUACUGUACAUUAUGAAGAUGAAAAGUACGCUGCCAUGACAGCACCACCAGUUUGUCUUUCCCUAAAAGAGAAACCACAAAGGGUGGGAGUGUUUGUGGAUUACGAGGAACAUUUUGUGUCCUUCUACAAUGUGACAGCUAAAUCUCACAUCUACUCGUUUACUGAGUGUUCGUUCAAUGAUUCAGAGAUCUUCCCAUAUUUCAGUCCACAUGCAAAACAAGAUGAAAAAAACAAUGAUCCUUUGAUUAUUGUUAAUUAGGAAAUUGAAAUGUCAUAAAGAAUUUGCAUUCCAGUUUUGCUAUAUUAGAAUGCGGAGAGGGAAUUCUUGGUGAAUCUGAAUUGGCUUGAAAAAAAAAGUUCUGGAGAAUUUGGAGAAUUACAACUAGUAAAAUUACUUCUGUAUUAUAAGUCUGGGUGCAACUACACAUGAUGAUGCAAGGUGUGCCUACGAUAACACCAAGCCUUGUUGCCAAUGCAAUGAAACAAUGCUACAUGAUGUAACAACACUACAUGUAGGGACGCUACUAGUUUAACUACAUUUCCCAAUGGCGUUGGCCCAAAAUAAUGCAACAUUUUCAGCAGCAAUGUUUUUUUCAGUAUGUUUUCACUCCCAAAGUGUCAAAUAUGGCAGCUUAGUCAGCCCUACAAUUUAAACUGUAACACUGUAGGUGCCCCCUCUAGAGGAAUGUUUUGAUGUGCAGUCAAAUCAGGUGACAUAGUUAGGACUUACACCAAGGAGUUGUUUGUUUUCUUGGUGAAACCAAUAAUAGUUUUUUACUUACGUUACCUAAGUUGCUUUCUUAUUUACUGAAACCAUGAUCUUUUCAUAAACCUAACUAAGUCGUUUUUGUGCCUAAACAUUAUCCAAACUGUGACUGUUGCACAACAUGAACCACAUUUUUAUUU